AUGUCGGCCCCGCGCGCCGGUCUCUACCGGCAGGAGCUGAACAAGACCGUGUGGGAGGUGCAGCAACGGCUGCAGGGUCUGCGCCCGGUGGGCUCCUGCGCCUACGGCUCCGUCUGUUCCGCCUACGAUGCACGGCUACGCCAGAAGGUGGCGGUGAAGAAGCUGUCGCGCCCCUUCCAGUCUUUGAUCCACGCACGGAGGACAUACCGCGAGCUGCGGCUGCUCAAACACCUGAAGCACGAGAACGUCAUCGGGCUUCUGGACGUCUUCACACCCGCCACAUCCAUCGAGGACUUCAGCGAAGUGUACUUGGUGACCACCCUAAUGGGCGCCGACCUGAACAAUAUCGUUAAGUGCCAGGCGCUGAGCGACGAGCACGUCCAGUUCCUGGUUUACCAGCUGCUGCGUGGGCUAAAGUACAUACACUCGGCCGGGAUCAUCCACCGGGACCUGAAGCCCAGCAACGUGGCGGUGAAUGAGGACUGCGAGCUCAGGAUUCUGGACUUUGGGCUGGCACGCCAGGCGGAUGAGGAGAUGACAGGAUACGUGGCCACACGCUGGUACCGGGCACCCGAGAUCAUGCUCAACUGGAUGCAUUACAACCAGACAGUGGACAUCUGGUCUGUGGGUUGCAUCAUGGCUGAGUUGCUCCAGGGAAAGGCCCUCUUCCCAGGAAACGACUACAUUGACCAGCUGAAGCGCAUCAUGGAGGUGGUGGGCACACCCAGCCCUGAGGUUCUGGCAAAGAUAUCCUCGGAGCAUGCCCGGACAUACAUCCAGUCUUUGCCCCCCAUGCCCCAGAAGGACCUCAGCAGCAUCUUCCAUGGAGCCAACCCCCUGGCUGUAGACCUUCUUGGAAGGAUGCUGGUGCUGGACAGUGACCAGAGGGUCAGUGCAGCUGAGGCACUGGCCCAUGCAUACUUCAGCCAGUAUCACGAUCCAGAUGAUGAGCCAGAGGCUGAGCCCUAUGAUGAAAGUGUUGAGGCCAAGGAGCGCACGGUGGAGGAGUGGAAGGAGCUCACUUACCAGGAAGUCCUCAGCUUCAAGCCCGCAGAGCCACCGCAGCCGACUGGCAGCCUAGAGAUUGAGCAGUGAGGUGCUGCCCCGCAGUCACGCUCCAGCCGGCAGCCCUGGGCCUGGCCCUUUCCUCAGCCCUGAGCCUGCUCCUGGGACCCUUUGCCUUAAGGGGAGUCUGCACACACGUGAAUGCAGGAGCACGGGCACGAGUGUCUGUCAUGUGUCAGAGUCUGGGCAGAAGUGUCCCUCAGCCCACCUUAGUCCUCCCAUCCUCUACCAGCUGUCAGGCUCCCCCUCAGGACCUCACUCUGUGGGAUCUGGGUGCCACUGGGGAUCCCCUUGACAAGUGUAUGUUUCUCCAGAUCAGCCCCAGAGGAUGGACUGGGGUUGGUGAGGGCAAAUGAGCCAGGGUCCCUGAAAACUCAAAGGGAGGUUCUCAGGGGUUAAGCUGCUCAGCCUGUAAGUGGGAGACUAUCCUAGGAAUUGCUGACACCCACAGGUCUGUGAGCUGAGGCGGGGCCAGUGCUGAGGCAGGGCCAGUGCCCCACCAGGUUAGGCAGGGUCUCCCUUGGGGAUGGCAGGGUGGAGACCACCACCAGAUGUCCAGUCAACAGCUGCUUACAGCCCUGUGUUUGCCUGUGGCAUGUGUGCAGGAGUAUCCACUCUUGCGUUCACAUGUCCGGGCGUGUGUGAGUGUGUGCUUGUGUGUGUAUCUGUGGGUGCCCAAGGCCCAGCAGCCACGUCUGGCAGGAGGUCUGAGUUGGGAUGGUCACAGGCUUGCUGUCCUGCCCCAGUUCCAGAUUCCCAUGGGGUGCCAAGACCUUACUGUGCAUCAGGUUGGGACCCUGGGGGCCCAGGGGCAUCCUUGUGCGCAAAAGCUGGGGCUUUCUCCUUGGGCAAGGAGGCUUCAGCAGGCUCCAGAGUCAUGCAGGUACAGUGCCAACUGGAAGGCUGAUGGAGGAGGGGGUCUAUCCUUGAGGAUGCUAAGGCAGACAGUACAUGGAUGCUGACUUGGACACUUCUGUCCCUGGACCCUGGCCCAAAGCUAACAAGCCUUUGCCUGCUUCUACCUCUGCCCACUGUUGUGGCCCUACAGCAGGAGAUCAGGGUGCUCAGGUCUGUGGGUCAGUCCUCAUCUUCCCUUCUCCCAGAAAGGAGCUGACCAAGUAACCUCUGGGACAGGAUCCUGCUUGGAGACUUGCUGGGGGUAUGGCUUCUCCCUGGAGAGGCAGUGACCUCUUGAUUCCAGGGACCCAGGAAGUUCCGGAUGUUAAGUGCCUGCACCAGAGGUGCACAAUAAAGGGGUUUUCUCUUGCUCA